AUGUCUUCAGUGCAUCCACAAUUUCUGGUUCGUUAUCGGAUCACUAAUCGCCGUGAUGGUUCCACACAUUGGAAUCAUGUACGAAGCGGGACCAAAUUAGAAGUGCAAUUAAAAUUAGAUGACAUUCGAAAUGGUGAUGAACUUCAAGCACAGAUUCGUGCUGAGCAUCCUGAUGGUACUAUUUUAGAAGACUGGUCGCACUCUCUACUAAUUGCUAUCACAAAACGUGUAUUGAUUGAUGGAAUUCCGGUAGCAGAUGAUGACUUGUUACCUCCACUUGAUUUUCAAGCCCAUAUAUUGAGCACAUCAAUGGUACGCUUGGAAUGGAUUCCAGCUCUUCAACCAUUGUCAAAUGUCAUUCCUUUCUAUAUUGUUAAUGUGAAGCAGCUAACAUCGGAAGAUAAUACUCCUCUGCUUCGACAACAGAUUAAAGUUCAGGGGAAUAGUUUUACAUUGGAUAGUCUAAAACCAGGAGAAAGAUAUGAAUUGACCAUUAGAACAGCUUCAAGUCCGGAACGUAUUUCGAACACAGCAGCAAUUGUAGAAAUUACCAUGCCUAAAGAAGAUGAGUAUUUCGAAGUGGGAAAUUUGAUUAUUAGCUCUCAUUUCAAAGGAAAUGGACAAGGUAUUGUAAAUUUGACAUGGGAAGUUCCAGAAAAGAUUCUGCAGAAGAUUAAAGCAUACGAUGUCCAGUAUAUGGAAGUCGGCACAGGAAAUUGGCAUCAGUUGCAUUUCAGUGGCUCGCGUCCGUCUGCAAGCUUAACCACCUUAAAAAGUGAUACAGACUAUUUAUUGAAAAUUCGAACGAAACUUAACAAUGAUCUUACAACCGAAAGUGGCCAAUUUAGAUUUCGGACUCCAGCUGUAAUACCAAAUCCGAUUCAAAAAGUAGAUGUGAUUUAUACACAUGAAAUUCAUACUGUUCGGCUUCAAUGGGAGUUAGAAAAUUUUCUACCUGCUGAACUCGUUUCCGGUUAUGAUAUUUAUGUGUCUGAUAAUCCUGAUCUUCCGGAUACGCAGUGGUCCUUUUAUCGUGUGUUAAUGCCUCAAAUGUCAGAUCUUCCUCUUGCCAGUGAAAUCAACUCACUUUUGCUCCGUGAUCUGCAGUCUGGACACAUAUAUUAUGUGCGAAUUAAUGUGCGCAAAAAGAAUGGUGAAAUUAUCCGUGCGCCAAGCAUGUAUCGUUUUAAAACUAUGGAACGCGCCGAAUUUCUAGAACGUCGUGAAGCAAAUUCUUUAUCAUAUCGAUUGCUUUCUCCUGGUCGUGUUCAAAUCACAUGGACAUAUCCUUCAUCAAUCUCACAUGCUGUCACAGGUCAAGUAUUUUUAGAUUACGGAAUUGGUUCUUCAGUUUUUUACACAGACAACAGUACCUUACCAAUCGAGCAGUGGAAGCGUAUUAUCUUGGAUGAUGCCCGACAGAAUUAUGUUGUGCUUGAGCAAUUAAAACCAAAUUCACGCUACUAUAUUCGCAUUCUGCCGCAAAUUAAUAAAUCUUUCUAUGACAGCAGUAUGAUUAUUUUAGAUCACUCGCGCUUGUCUUUCCUCCCUGAGUCCGAUAAUGUGCAUUCUCAGAUGCAGCAUUCACCUAAAAUUCCUCCAACUGAUGAGGUUAAAGGCAGUAAAGAUACUUUAAUAAUUAGUGCAUGCAAUCCUGAUGCCAUCAAGAAUGAAUGUUCGUGGGAUGAACGUUGUGUACCGACGAAUGAAGAUCGCUCUAGAGGUUGGUGUAUUUCGGAAUCACUGCGGGAUGCUAUUGUUAAUAAUUGA